AUGGGAAGGAAUUCCCUUUUUUUGUUGCUUGCCCUGUUGGUGGCAUUCUGUGCACUUUCUGCCACCACCGUUGGCGGCGGUUAUGUUGACCAGCAUGAAGGUGGUGGUAGCGGCGGCGGUGAGAUGGAACCGGAGGAAGGAGGAGGAGGAGAAGAAGGAGGAGAUUCUCCGAUGGGAAAUUCCAAGUUCUUGCUGCAAGAUUCUACCAGGGUGGUGAGGACUGAUGCAGGGGAAAUGAAGGUGUUGAGGGGCGGCGUUCAUCGAUUCUGGCGGAAUCCGAUGCAUAUCGGAUUGAUCACUAUGGAACCCAACAGUUUGUUCAUCCCUCAGUACCUUGAUUCCAGUCUCAUUCUCUUCAUCCGCAGAGGGGAGGCAAGAAUUGGGCAUAUCCAGAGCGAUGAGUUGGUUGAAAGGACAUUGAAGACUGGUGAUGUGUAUAGAAUUGCAUCUGGCUCGGCUUUUUACCUUGUUAACAAUGCUGAAGGUCAAAGGCUUCAUGUGAUCUGCAGCAUUGACACUUCUGAUAAUUACGGAUGGCAAUGGAAUAGGCAGGGCUUCCAGUCUUUCUUCGUUGGUGGUGGAGUGAAUCCUACAUCCGUACUUUCUGGAUUUGAUCACAUGACAUUGUCUACUGCAUUUAAUGUCUCAACUGAUGAGCUGAGGGAGAUUUUCACCAGCCAACAUCAAGGCCCAAUCGUCCAUUUAUCCGGUUCUCAUGCACAGGGGAUUUGGGUAAAAUUCCUGGAACUGAAAGAGCACCAGAGGUUAGCCCACUUGAAGAGAAUUGUUCAUCUUGAGGAAGACACAAAGCAAGAUGAUGAUGAAGAAGAAGAGAAACAACCAACUUGGUCAAUCAGGAAGUUCUUGAAAUCAAUCAUUGGGGAUGAAAACAGGAAUCGUGAUGACAAGAGAGGCAAAGGUCCUGAUGCUUACAAUAUCUAUGACAUGAAACCCGACUUCCGCAACAAUUACGGAUGGACUAAAGCCGUUUCUGAACAUGAUUACUCUCCUCUCCGCCAUUCUGACAUUGGCAUUUUCCUCGUCAAUCUUACCGCUGGAUCAAUGCUGGCUCCUCAUAUCAAUCCAAGAGCAACAGAAUAUGGUGUGGUCUUAAGUGGAAGUGGUACCAUUCAGAUAGUUUAUCCUAAUGGAACACUGGCCAUGAAUGCUAGAGUCAGCGAAGGAGAUGCAUUUUGGAUCCCAAGAUAUUUCCCCUUCUGCCAAAUUGCAUCAAGAACCGGCUCUUUCGAGUUCUUUGGCUUCUCGACAUCCGCGAGAAACAACAGGCCACAGUUCCUUGUUGGAGCAAAUUCCCUGUUGCAGAACAUGGCUGGACCCGAAUUUGCAGCUGCAUUUGGAGUGAAUGAGGACAGGCUGCGAAAGAUAGUCGAUGCUCAGCGCGAGUCGACUAUAUUGCCUUCUGCAAGCGUCGCGCCGCCCGACAACAAGUUGGAAAAGGCUAAGAGGGUGUUGGAUAAUACAACAGCGCGCAAAUUGGGAAGUGAAGAUGAAAAUGUAGUGGUUUCUGACGGUCAAGAAGCCUCAGUUAACUCAUCAAGCACCCCCAACAUCGAAAAAACCCCAAGAGACUCUGAUCUGCAUGAAGGAAAAGAAGAAGAUUCUGUGCUUUGGAAACAUUCAUCUAAUGGAGGAUUUUCAACAUCCUCUGCUGUUAAGGUUUUGAGGAAUUCUCGACCGAAGCUGGGAUGGACACAGCUUGUGUAUGGCCCUGGAAGGAUACCUAGAAAUAACUUCAUUCUGUGGUUAGCUAUUAAAGAAAAACUCCCCACCACUGAUACGGUUUGGCUGCAAAAUAGAGGUCAGUUGUGUGUGGUUUGUGAAGGUGAGCCUGAAUCACAUCAACAUUCAUUCUUUGAAUGUCACUUUUCAGCAAGAUGUACCUCCAUUCUUCAUCGAGAAGUGCAAUUUCAAUGGCCAUAUGCAGACUGGCAGCAAGUAGUAUUGUUGGCUUCUGUAUUUCUGCUUACUUCGAUUCACAACAUUGAAGCUGAGGUGAUUACCUUAACAGCUGACACUUUCAAUGACAAGGUGAACGAGCAAAACACGGCAUGGUUCGUGAAGUUUUGUGUUCCAUGGUGUAAGCACUGUAAAAACCUUGGAACAUUAUGGGAGGACGUGGGAAAAGUAAUGGAAGGUGAGGAUGAAAUAGAGGUUGGAGAGGUUGAUUGUGGAACAGAUAAAUCAGUUUGCCGCAAAGUAGAUAUUCAUUCAUAUCCUACGUUCAAGCUAUUCUACAAGGGGGAGGAAGUUGCGAAAUAUCAAGGAUCGAGAGAUGUUGAUUCUUUAAGAAUAUUUGCCUUAGAGGAAGCAGAAAAGGCCGUAACAAAAGCAGAAGUUGACAAUGAUGAGUUAUGA